UUUCCCGCGCAAAGCACAUGCCCGUUGGAAGCCAUAAUCAUGGCGGACAAAGCGGAUAGUCAAGACCUCAAAUCCAAAGCAAAAGAAAUCACAAAGGUUUCAAGAAAUCAUUAUGAAUCUCUAAAAUAACCCCAGAGAUGCUGGUAAAAUUCAAAUUGAACGCUGCAGCUCAUGCGGUUUUUGAUUUUUCUAACGAUAUUUCAGGACGCGAAGUCGAACAAUGCUGCAACCGAAGAUUCGAAGGACACAAAGAACGGCAAGAAAGAAGAAGAUGAAGAGUCCAGCGAAGAAGAGCUUACAGGUAAUCAAAGUUCGUUUGUAGAUUCUUAUCUGCGUGUUUGCUUCAGCAGAAGCCUGUAGUAUGAUUUGUGGACAGCUUGCAACAUGCGCGUCUGUUGUGUGUAAAUACAAAUCUAUAUCGUUUUGAAAUUUGCAUUUUUGAGUAAGCUAAGUUCUAGUGUUUUAGAAAAUUAAAAUGUCAUUUUAUUAUUCUUACGAAGUUGUUAAAUGCGUUUUCGUAAAGCAUCGUUUUUUUUUGUAAAGUUAGAUGCUUUUUAAACUCAACAUUGCAAUUUAGAUGUGUAUGCUUCAGUCACCUUGUGAUCAAUAGGAGAUGAGAUGCAUAACGUUUUGGUGUGUGUGUUUUUUGUUGUGUUUUUACAAAAGUAAUCCUACUCUUUUUAUUAUCUGAAUCCAGCCCUUUUUUGUUCGAGAGUUUUACAGCACCUCAUUCACACAGGGAAACUGAAGCAGUGUGUUAUGUUGUGAAAAUUUUAGAUUACAUACACUGACAUGCUCAAAGCUUUGCUGUUUAGACAAAAAUCCAGCUUCAUUUCCUAGCGUACCAAUGAAAAGUAUGGUUGGCUCCCACCCCUGUAAAACCCUGUGAAUAAUUAUUGUUUCUUCUCCAUUCUCAAAAGCCACAGCCAAAUGAAUUCCAAGUGAUUUAAAGUUUACCUGUGCAAUAGUACAGUGUAUAUGUGUGCUAUCCAUAAUGACACAAUUUGAAGGGGGUAGGGGCCGGGAAGUUGGUUCUUAGAAAGAGCACUUCUAGGGAUUACCAUCUUAUUGGAAAAGUUGCAAUCAAGUCAGCUUUAUUAAGUACAAACUUGUAGAUUAUGUUGAUGACUUGAUUAUUUAAAAAAUGAAUCUGUUAUUUGAAAUGGUUGAAAAACUUUGAGUGGAUAAAAUUAUUAUAAGGACAGCAGACAGAAAUCUCAUAACUACCUUGCAUGUGAAUUCACUGCUUGUUACACAUACAGAAAUGCAAAGAUGAAUCUGAAAUCUAUAACAACUGAUAGAAUUUAACAUUCAAAUCAUCAGUAAAAUCUGGGGGGGGUACACUUAGAUGACUUGGCUUGACACUGGACCAUUUCUCUUUGAAUACUGCAUGGUAAUCAAUUAACUUAAUCAUAUUUUAGCAGUGCACACUGUGUUGUGUUUAAUGAAUAGAGCUAUAUGGGAGCUGUGGAAUUGACAGUAACUUAAAUAUUGCCUGCUCUUUCAAGGAUAAAAUUAGUCGUAUGCUCUGUCUUUAUUUUUUACCCAAAUUAUUCGGGAUUUGUCAGUACUACUGAUCUAUAAUACCUAUUAAUUUUUACAUGCGUAACAGGGUGCAGAGAAAAUCAUUUUUGCAGCUUGCCAUUCGGGCAAGCUGACGCUAGCAUUUACUAGCCCAAAUGUCAUUUCAACUAGCCCCAAAAGCUUUUUGACCAGCAGAAUUGAUUUCACAAUUCUUCUUCAAUUUGAAUUCCUCAAAAACCAUCACUUGCCUGUCGGGCAAGUUAAGAAGAGAAUUCACUGGUCCGAUAGCAAAAUCCGCUAGCCCCAGGCUAUCGGACACUACUUUCUUAGCACGCUGCUUAAUAAUCAAGUGAGAAAAUUUCGCUGAUGAGUUAAAAUUGUCAUCUAUAUUCUCCACAAGUAUAGCACCACAUAGUUUGUGGAGAGUAAAACAAAAACAAAAUGAUAAACUGUACCAAAAAAAAAAUUGUUUUCCUUCCACCUUAAUUGUAGGACUUUACGACAAGCCUGUUGUAAUUGAGGGGAAAAGAGAAAGAAAAACCACAGUGUUCCUUGCCAGUCAAACACCACCUGCAGUUUCUCAUCAACCUAAACCUCUUUUGUUUGAGGUAAGUAUGGUGUUCAUAAGGGUUCUGACCCUACAGAGCCAUUCAUCACACACAGUGUAUGAUGGUAGAGGCAGUGUGGCUGAGGCUGAGUGCUAAGCGUGCUGGACUUAACUUACAUAGGAAUUUCAUGUCCCACUUUGACUGCUUCCUGGAUUUGUUCUCGUUAGUCCCAAGUUCAAAUCCUUGGCUACGCUUGUAAAAUAGCCAAACAGGGCUCGACACUAACACUUACCCGUUCACCACUGGAAAGUAAUAUUUCUGAGUGGAAAGUAAAAAAAGCAAAUGAACCGAAAAUACUUGCCCGAUCGGGCAACUACUUCUAGACAACGCGGGAAAGUAGUUUUUUUUUAAACAGCCAAAUAAAAAAGAAAAGAAAACGAAUGUGUUUAGUUAUUACAAGUGAGCUUCCUAGCUAAACGUCUAAGUUUCGCAUUUUUCUAUCUCCGCCAUUCUGGAAUUGUCAGUGACAUAUCGAGAAACCCUGGGUACGAAAUAGAUGAUGCAUGAGUGUUUUAAGCGCGCUGGUGAGGUUAACAAAGGAAACUCCGAAAAGAUUGAUGAAGUUGACCAAGAAAGCAACAAAAGGGGAGAACAGACUGAAAAUCAAACAGCUGGAGCAUAUUCGAAGCAAGCGACGCCACGAUGGCUUAAGGAGUUUCCAUAGCUGCAAUACAAGGAAGACUCGGAACAGAGUCUUAAUUUUGUUAUGUUUCUACUAUGGAUAGUGGAAAAUAUGAUUCUUUCAUUUUUGGAAAGUAAAAUUUUACUAUGGAAAGUAAAUUUUCAUAUCUACUUUCCACAGUGGCAAGUGAUGUCAAAAGUUAGUGUCGAGCCCUGCCAAAUGCCUCACUUCUUACCAGCUGGCAUUCUUAGCCUUCUUAUUUUCCAUUAAAAUUUAUUUGUUUCAUUAUCCCUGAAACGUCAAUAUAAGAGAAGAGGAUAAUUUGGUGUUUUUAUUAUAUUUUAUAUCAUUAUCUUAUGGUGUAAGAACCUCAUUCACAAUUUUUUUUUUUUUACUUUUACAGGGCAAAGGAGAAUCAUUGGGUUCAAUGGAAAGGCGUAAGCAUAUAUUAACAAUAAUAAUAAUUUUUACUAUUGCUGAAAAAAAGGGACUGUUGAUUUUACUUAAUGAAAAUAAUAAGGAUGUUCUAAUUAUUUUAUGGUCAUUUCUGAUUUCAAUGUUUGUCUUUCAGCAAAUUAUGAGAUAGGAAAAUGUGCUGCUGUAGAACUGAAACCUCUCCACAAACUUUUAUAUGGAAGAGAGGGAAGGGUAUGUAGACCACACAAAUCACAGCUCCAAAGAACAAUCCAUCAUUGGACAAGCCGUGAUGAUCAGACAGAUAAAAUAGAGAAGUCUGACGUCCCAUAAAUUAAACUCUGUGAAAUUAUGGGAUAGGUUGGCAUAUUCAGAAAGAACAAGAUGAAAAAUGUCCACUUGGUUAAAAUCAGCCUGUUAAUGCUUACGAUGUAGGCCUAUUGUAAAAGGAUUUAUAUGAAGUCAUCAGAAAAUAGUGGUGCUUAUCUCUCCCCAACCAAUUUGCAUUAACAGGCUGAUUUUUAGUGGACGUCUUCCUAGAUAUGCCAACCUAUGCCAUAAUUUGACAAAUUUAGUUUUUGUGAUGCCAUCACUUUGUUUCUCUAUACAUCUGCAUAAACCUAAAGAAAUAAUUAAAGGUCAAGAAAUGGUGAACUUUGCUGUGCUGUGCCCUAGCAGCACCUGGUGGGCCCUGGUGUAUUCCUUGCUGCUUGAAUUUCACAGGUUCAGAGCACUUGGCUCCCAUAUUUUUCUUAGAGGACAGGCAUACACCCUACAACUGUUCUUUUCUUCUUCUUUUUUUUCACUACAUAAAAUGGAUACCUGGUUGGACAUUUGUGCUUUCUAAAUAUACAUUAGUCACUAUUUUCAGGCCUAUAAGUGAUUUUUGGUUUUAUGAUCAACUUUCUGUGGGUUUAGUAAAUUUUGUUGGCACUUUUUUGGUCCAUGCACAUGUUCACAAAUUUCUAUUUUGUAACAUCUUUUGGAAAUCUAGAAAAAAAGAAGAUUUAGACGAUAAUAAUGGAGUUAAAAUGUAAAUUAAUGAUUGGUGGGUUAAGAGCAAGAGUAGUAGUAUUGUUACAUGUAUCAGUGUGCUUAUGUUGCAAAGCCAUUUGCAAAAACUUCACCAAGGCAAUUAAUAAAUGUUGAUGAUACAGUGUAUUAUGUUUUCGACUGGCAUUUUUCUCUAUGAAUGUUAGAUUUACAUACCUACAUACAUACAUACAUAUACUUUAUUUAUGCUUGAAAUUUAUGGAGUAGCUGUAGAGCUAAUAUCUUCGAGAAAAUAAGUGAAAAUAAAAUAUGCUAUAUUACAGUCCCAAUAUUAUUUAUAAACUAUAUACAACAUUAUGCAUGGAGAGGGGAAUAUAACUUGUAGAUAAUUUAAAUGUCAAAAUUUGAAGUAAGUUUGGUGUAAAUUAAAACUUUGAGAAAAACUUUUAUCUUUGAGGGAUAAAAAAACCGUUUCCUUAUCUCUAGGUAAUGGAAAUUAAAAAGAACAUCAGGAAGUUUAAUGGGUUUGCAUUUGAAAAGGUAAUGGUAAUGACAAUUUAUUAUUACACUGUACAUAAAAAUAAUGUUUUGAGUUUGAUGUGACAUAAUUCAAGGGAAUUCAUUUCCUUUUUUCCCCAUUAGGAUACUGAAAGAUUUCUCUUUAUUUGUGAUAGGAUACUAAAGAGUAUGAAUCCAAAAAACAAGGCUUGGAUAGGUAAGAUUGUUUUGUCUGUUGACCUUGAAUAAGCUCUUUAGGUACAUGCCAUUAACAUUGUAUUUUUCAAAUGUCAGUACGGGAGAAGUCACCUGCAUUGACCAAAAUAGCAAAAGAAAUGAGUCAGUAAUGUUGCAGAGCAAAUCAUCAUUAUAUAUAUUUAGAGAAAGAUAACAUGUAUUUGGAAAAUCAAGCUUUCUUGACCUGGAACUUUUGACAAUGAUUCAGACUUUGUGUCAUUUCUCACCUCCAGAUUAAGAAGGCCAUCGGUAAAUUCUAAUUGUAUAUAAAAAAUGAGUGCUCUGUUAUGACGAUUUUGACUUGCAAUUAGUUCAACUCCACAAGGUUUGUUUAGAUAUUCAGGAUGUGUUCAGGACUUUCUGUUAAGUUUUUGUCUUGUUAUUACGCAAAAUGCUGAGAAAUGGUAUCUAAUGCACAUGUGCAUCAGCUGACUGUGUCUUUUUAAUUACUGGUAAUUGGUAAGACCAGUAUUGCAGUGUUCUCCCGAGGAUUUUGGGACGGCCAGGGAGUGUUGUGACUGAUUUUCACAGUGUUUGUAUAAAGCCUGAAUAAUAACCGAGACAGCGAAAUACAUGUAUAAUCAGUUCUUAAAAGACUCUUUGACAAGCUUUAUUUUUGUUCUUCACAUCUUGGGUUGACCAAGUUCUCUAUUUUGAUGCUCCUUAAAAAGCGAGCAAAUGAACUUCAUUUAGUACUACACAGUAAGCUGCUUGAUGGGCACUUGUGUUUCUGGGAUAAUUUCAAGAUGGCUGCCUUUCAGUUAAAACACAGAUUUGAACAUGUUCAUCCAACAAUAAAUCACUUUUAUAAUCAAUUCAUUGCGAGAAAACUCACAAAUAAAAACACCAGACAAUGAAUGUUUCAACAGCUUUCUUGAGUGAUUUUAACUUUGAAAUUAUGCCUGGUUCUAGAUGUCAACAAACAUAAGCUUUUGUUGGGUUAAAUCUUUGGUUUUUAAGCCAGGCGUCACCAAUUUUCCCAUGAACUAAGCCAGGCGGCCUGCCUAGCCGAAAAUACCAAGGGAGGACACAGUAUUAUCAUACUCUAAUUCCAAGCUUUUAUAUUCAUUUAAUCUAUUAAUAUUGUGUGGUUACUUUUUCAUAGAUUUACUAAUGAUGGACUUAAAAGACUUUGUGAGAUCUUUGAUUUAGAAAAAAAAGGAAUUAGGGUAAGAGUAAAGUUAAUAACAUUUUGUAAAAAUUAGUGGAAAAAAAUUCCACUGAGCUGCAUUACACUUUAAAAAGUAGUUGGAGAAAUGUUCUCUGAAAAGUAAAAUACAUGUAUGAACAAUAAUGCAAUGUAUUUUAACAGGUUGUUAUUGUACUUUAAUCGUUUUUCAGAAUGAUCUUCUAGAAAAAGUUAUGGAAUUUCUCAUGUUACCAAAGUCUUCAGGGAGAGUAAGUAUAAGCAUUUGAAAUUAAUUGCAAUGGCUGUGAAAGAAAAUUAAUGUUGCAAGGCUUUGCUUACCACAAGUAAGUUUGGUCUUAGACUUUUGUGUUAUCGUCAAGUAAGCACAUACAGUACAUGUUGUAGUAAUUCUGAGAGUGAUAAUAAUGAGAGAUUUUCUUUUUGUUUCUUUUUUACAGCCUGCUCCUCAACCAAAAGCCAAAAAAGCAGAAAAAAAGAAGAGAAAAAGAACCAAAAAAGGUAAGAACUCAGAGAUAGUUUAUCAUUUGGAGAAUAAUCAACACUGGAGGCCAUGCGCACUAUGUUGGUUAUCACUUUUUGUAAAAAAUGGUUUCUGCAUUUACUCAGCUUUUAUGUGGAAACUUGAUUUUCUGCAUGAUUGCUGCGCAAUCAAUGUGCAUUACAGCAAGUACAUACUUUCUGCAGAAAGCUUCGAGUUAAUGAAAUGAAUUCUUUGUCAACAAAAUGUAGUGUAGUUAAAAGACGUCAUUUUUCCUUACAUUUCACUAAAAAUUAGAAGUCAAAGUUUCUAUCUCACUCACCUCCCAAAUAAAACUGUAUUGACCAGAAUAGACAAAGCUUUUACAGAUGCACCUACAGUACCGCUCAAAAGUAAGUUACCAGUCGCGUCUUGCGAGAGGGUGGUAACUUACUUUUGAGCGGUACUGUGUACCAAAGUUUCUCCUAAGCUUAAAAUUUAUCAAUGAAUUUUCAUGGUUAUUGGAUAAAAAACACCCUUUUGGCGUUAGAACGUAAUUUUUAAUGCACCAAUACAUUAUCGUGCAUCAAGGCUUAACUAUUGUUCUUUUUCAUUUUGUGCAUUGUGCCUUUGUCCUUGAGGCAACAUUUAAACACAAUCUUAGGGCGCUUUCCAUUUGUCAGAACUGACCGGCCAGCCCAUUCCCAUCGUAAUAAGAAUUUCCCUUUUGAUUAAAACUAACCAUCCAGAUCAGUCAAAUCCUAAAUAUUAUACACAAAGGAGAUGGUUUUUCAGCAAAACCUCUUGAAAAAAUCCUAUUUCGUUGCCAAAAUGUCUGGUCCGGCCGGCCGGCCAGUUCUUACUUUUGGAAAGCGCCCUUAGAGGUUGACAGUUUUUUUUUUAUUGAAAUGUUUUUUAAUUCGAAAAAAAUUUUUCUUAGUUUUAAUUAACUUUUUUUUUAAGCUAAAUUAAGUGCUUUUUAAAUCGACAGAAAUUG